AUGCCCUCGGCCAUUCCAAACGACUUUGUUUCUCAUACGGGCACACCCAGAUUCAUGGAUGGGCUACUGCAAUAUACGCCCAAGCCCAAAUCAGCCGGGGGACGAUCUUUGAGUCCGUUUCAUUUCGCUAAGCAGCAACUUUUCAAAAUUGGCCAUCAAAAAGUAAGCAUUGAUGUGGAUCUAUUUUCAAACUCGAUUGAGGGUGUCACUGAGCUCAGCGUGAUACCGUUGUCGACUAGUCUAAAGGUUGUCAAGUUGGAUUGCCGAGAAUUAAGAAUAAAGGAAGUUUUCAUAAAUGGGUCACCAAAUUCAAGUUAUAUCUACGAUGACAUGUUGUUUAUUAAUGACCCAUCCAUCAUCGAUAAAUCUAUCAAGAAUAAUAAAAUUAAUAUGCUUGAUUUAUAUUCCGACAAGUUUGGCAUACAUCAACAUCACUUUAUCAAGAGGAAAUUGAAUUAUAUAUUCAACGAACGUUAUACAACCGAAAAUGAAGAACUCAUUGAUAAUUCUGGUCACGGAACACAGGAGUUAAAGAUCAUACUACCGGAAAACAUUAAAUUCGAGCCCACUGAUAUCGACUCGAUCACAACACCACAUGGGAGUCAACCAAAUACCAUGACUCCGUCACAUUUGAGAUCAAAACACACAUUCACUGAAGUAUACAAACCAAUUCAAAUCAAAAUCGUUUACGAGCUAAGGAAUCCAAAAAAUGGCAUAAACUUUGUCACCAAUGACGAUAUUGAAAAAAAACUAUGGCACGCAUAUACGACCAAUUCAGAGUACAAUGUAUCCACUUCCUCCUGGGUUCCAUGUCUUGAUGAUUUCAAUAGCCGAUGUACAUGGUCAUUAGAGGUGAGUGUCCCACGCACAUUGAAGGAUAUCGGUAAUCCAAGGAUCAUUGGUUCAAAAGAGGCUUUUGCUUAUCAAAAGCGUACCAAAACAUCAAUUUCCGAUGGCGUAAACGAACUUGACAACGAAAAGGCAGAUGAUGAUGAAGACGACGAAGGGAAUCCUGACUUGAUUGUUUGUUCAUCGGAUACAAAUAAUGUUAAGGAAGCUCCGCACCCCAUUGAUUUAUCGAAAAAGGUGGUUUCGUGGUCAAUCUUUAACCCUGUGUCAGCCCACCAUAUUGGUUGGGCGUUGGGAUUUUUCGAAAGCAUUGUUUUAAGUGAUGAAUCACAAGCAGUUGAUGGUGAGGACUUUAUCAAUAUCGACAAUGAUGACGAAUACAACGAAAAGGAUAGUUUGAACUCUCUGGUGACCAUAUAUGCUUUACCACAAGAUAUUGAACUAGCCAGAAACACCUGUCUUGUUGCUAGCAAGGCAUUGAGUUAUUUCCUGAGUGAAUUCGGCUCGUACCCAUUCAGUUCGUAUGUGAUUGCAUUUGUGAAAUUUUCACCGGUGAAAAGUGGUGGUUUUGCGGGCUUGUCAAUCUUGUCCACUGAAUUGCUUUAUCCGCCUGAUUUGAUUGAACCUAUGUUCACCUCCACGGAUGUUUUAUUGACUAGUAUAGCCUCUCAGUGGUCGGGUAUCAACAUUGCACCUCACUCAUUCGAUGAUAUAUGGUGUACAAUUGGUAUUGCUGGCUUUAUGGCUAUAACUUUUAUUCAAAAGCUAAUGGGAACCAAUGAGUUUAGAUUCAAAAUCAAGGAACUUGUGCAUCGGAUAGUGGAGCAGGAUGUUGACAAAAGACCUAUAGCUCAUCCCUUUUUGAAAUUUCCUGUGUCGGAUUUUGAUUUGGAAUUCAUCAAGUUGAAAUCUCCGAUUGUGUUUUUCAUAUUAGACAACAGAAUGACAAAGUCAGAUAAGUCAUUUGGGUUAUCAAGGGUUAUUCCCAAGCUCUUUUUGCAAGCCUUAUCCGGAGAUCUACCCAAUGGAACAUUAAGCACCGAUCAUUUUCAAUACGUUUGUGAAAAAGUAAAUCGUAAUAAGUUGGACAGUUUUUUCAAGCAAUGGGUAUUUGGUUCUGGUGCUCCUAGUUUCAAAAUCAGUCAGCGUUUUAAUAAGAAAAAAGGUAUGAUUGAAUUAACUAUAAGGCAGGUGCAACAUCAUGAAAACAAAAACGUACAAUUGAAUGUGAAAUCUUUUAUAGAUGAUGCAAUAUGCUUCCUCAACAAGGAGCCUUUAUCGCAAAGGCAGAAUGUGUUCACUGGUCCUAUGAACAUUAGGGUUCAUGAGUCUGAUGGUACCCCGUACGAGCAUAUCAUCCAUAUUAAGGAGAUGAAAACCACAAUCGAUAUACUGUUGUCAAAAAAAGUUCGUAAGAUCAGAAAGAAAGAUGAGGGGGUUGAUCCGGGGUUGAAUUUCAACCAAUUUGGUGACAUUUUAACCACUGAAGAGGAAAAAAGAACGUGGUAUUUGAGAGACUGGGAAAGCAGGGAUGAGGAUUCAUUGAGUACAGAGCCUUUUGAGUGGAUACGAGGUGAUAUCGAUUUCGAGUGGAUUGCCAAGAUAGAAGUAUUGCAACCCGAUUUUAUGUAUGGAUCACAGCUCGUUUAUGAUAGGGACGUGGAGGCACAAUUUGAUGCCUUGCGAUACUUUGGAAAUCUUGAAAAGCCUUCAAUAAUCUACUGCACAGCUCUAGUGCGAACAUUAUUAGACGAGAGGUAUUUUUACCGUAUUAGGAUCGCUGCUGCGGAAGCACUCGCCAGCUGCUCAAAUGAGUCAAAUAAUUACAUUGGGAUGAAGUACUUAAUCAAGGCAUAUAAAUACAUGUAUUGUUUCCCUGACAGCUCAAUACCUAAAUCUAACGAUUUUGGUGAUUUCAGAUCGUUUUUAAUUCAGAAAGCAAUUCCUGGGAUUUUGUGCAAAAUCACAGACAAUGAUGGUCGGGUUCCGGCCGAGGUUCAGGGGCUAUUGUUCAACUUGUUGAAGUACAACGAUAAUUCAAUGAAUGAUUAUCAAGACACAUUGUACUUAUCCGAUCUCAUCAAAGCGUUGACGGUUAGUGCCAUUAGUGGAUGGCAUAAGAACACUGUGGAAGGAAACAAUCUUGAAUUCGCUCUUAAAGUUGACGUUGAGAUUACAAGGAUACAAAAGCUUGAUGAGUGGAGACCAUCGUAUCAAAGAAUCCUUCAAAUUACUUGUUUCAAGUCGAGGGUUCAGAUAGCGUUAUGUGGAGCAAUUUCCCUUUCAUUAGAAGAGAUGAUGAUGGCAACAGUGGACAGAUACCCUAUGGAUCUACGGGCAGAAGCAUUCAAGGGUCUCUUGCUACUAAGUGAUUUUCGAUCAAUACCGAUUCUUGAGUACUUUCUAAAAGUAUGUCUAUUAAACUUUCAUCGUCCGUUGUACACCAGAAAACUAGUUGGUGUCCUACUUGAAGCAAUCACGAUGAUUACACUUCAAGGGAAUUUUAUACCUGCCGAUGAAAUAGUGAGAGAGAGCGACAGACUCAGUGGGGCACAACCGAAUAUGAUCAUUAUUGAUGAGGGAACUAAUUCUGACAUGAAAGCCAGACACGACUUGCACGCAAGAGCUACUUUGAAGGGGGCCAUUGAUUUGUUGAGGCGUGAUUAUUCGAAUAUCGAAAGCUUGAAGCACGUUUUUUGGACGUUUUUACACACAACCUUGCUAAGCAAUUACGUCAAACGAAACUUGUUUUUAAUGGCAGAAAUUCUUUAUGAAGAGCAGGAUACACUUUUGGUAAAGCUACCUGUGCCAAGUUUGCCAAUUUCCGAAUUCAAAAGAAAGGUUGUUGCGAAAAACUUGGGAGAUGGCCAAGUUGUCUUGAGAAGAGAGGGUAGGUUUAAAAUUCAGUUGGUAUCACGUAAGCCACUGGGUCAUCCAACGAAUCGAAAACUCCACAGACCUGAAGAAAAUGUUAGACCGAAGCCGUCCUUAAAGAUAUCCUUCAAAUUACAACAGGAGAAACUUCAUGAAAGAUCAGCUCACUCUAAUAAUCAUCCUGCAUCAUCGUCUUUGGUAAAAUUCAGUCUUUCGCAUUCCCAAAUUCUGAUCAAAUUACCCAGUCAAGUAUUGAAAACCAUUGCCACCAAACUGAUUACUGCUCAUCCACAAUCAUUGGUAACCAUAGAGGGAACAAUCGUCAAAAUCAAUCUUAAGAAACUUCCGCAAGAUGCACAAAGAGGUGUAUGA